CAUUUUCUACGGGGGGUGGUCGAGGAUUGCUGUUCCGAUAUUGUGGGAGUUUUUAUAAAGACGCCCUGUUGUUAUUAACAUGCUGACACUUACCCGACAGCUCCAGCGUCGCUUCGGUGUAAUAUCGGGGUUUUGCGAUUAUAUAAUUCCUGGGUCAUUUAUGUAUUGUUUAGGCAGAGCGUGCUGACGUCACGUUUUGUGUACGUUCUUCUGUAAGGUUCGUUUCGGCUUCUUUCCUGUUGAAGCCCCGAAUUCUGUACAGCAGCAGGGGGUUGCAUGCGUGAGGAAAAACAAACAGAAGACAACAACAUCAAAAAAGUUCCAAACAGUGGUUUUGUUACUCGUGUAAAAUGGCUCGUAUUUUCAACAUGGGCGGCAAAGUGAUACUGCAAUAAUAUUGCAAAGUGUUUUGCAGAAUUUGAACACAAGAGGGCAGUCGAUACCUAAAAGGGAGUUGCUUGAAGCAACGAUUUUUCGAAGCGUUUUGUUUACUCGUUCGCUUGUUUUCUGUCGGCAUCAUUGAAGCAUCAGUGAUACGGUAUUGAAACAUCAGGGAUAAGAUAUUGCGUCUCUUGAAGCAUCAGUGAUAGGGCACUGCGUCUCUUGAAGCAUCAGGGAUAGGGCAUUGCGUCUCUUGAAGCAUCAGUGAUAGGGCACUGCGUCUCUUGAAGCAUCAGUGAUAGGGCACUGCGUCUCUUGAAGCAUCAGUGAUAGGGCACUGCGUGUCUUGAAGCAUCAGGGAUAGGGCACUGCGUCUCUUGAAGCAUCAGUGAUAGGGCACUGCGUCUCUUGAAGCAUCAGUGAUAGGGCACUGCGUCUCUUGAAGCAUCAGUGAUAGGGCACUGCGUCUCUUGAAGCAUCAGUGAUAGGGCACUGUGUCUCUUGAAGCAUCAGUGAUAGGGCACUGUGUCUCUUGAAGCAUCAGUGAUAGGGCAUUGCGUGACUUGUCAGCUCUGUAGUGAGUUGUGCAGCACUUUGAAGGACGUGGUUUGAACACACACACGGUCUCUGUUGUGCAGGAGAAUGAUCGCACCCGACACUCUGAAGCCCAGCCUCCUCCGAGCUGCCUGCAUUGCUCUUGUUGUGGGUGUGUUGAUGGUCCCUCUGCUAAGGAUUGUGGGAUUGCGUGUGUUCUCCAUGGCCUCUGAAGGAUAUGCUGCUGGAACGCACUCUGCUGCAUUUGUCACCUGCCCCAACGAACAGGUGGCCAAGGAGAUUGCACGGUACGAAUGGCAGGGGAAAAUCGAAGAGGACAGCGAGGUCUUGAUGAUGAUUAAAACCAGGACAUCCAAAGUUCCAGCCUUGGCAGAAUAUGUCCGCUCUGUUCAUCCCUAUGAAGUGGCCGAGGUGAUCAGCCUGCCCAUCGACCAGGGGAACCCUCCUUACCUGAAGUGGCUGGGAGACUCUGUGCCGGAGUAAAGCUGCAGUGAACAGAUCCCCACAGGACCCUGCGAGGAGCGUUCUCCGUGACUCACAAAGCACCUGCUAACAAUGAACUAAUAUUAUUGGCUUCCCCUUUUUCAAUCUCAUUUUGUUUGAUUACAUGAUGUUAAAAACAAUAUCUAAAUCCUCAAAUCUGAAACUCUAGGUCAUGUUAAUGUUUUGGCCAUAACUGUAGUACAAACCCAUGCAUAUGUUGUUAAAGAUAACGAUAUAUUUUUCAUUAGACGCAAUAUUGUUGUUAUUUAAAAACCUGUAGUAAACAUAAAAGAGAUAUACAGCA